AAAGCCCAGCUAUAUUUCCUUAACUAACAACACUCGCCACGGUUUUGACAGAUAACCUCAAAACACGUAUAUUUUAUUAAUAUAGCUAGCUAACGUUACAGAACUGCGCAAACUGGCGUUCGGAAGAUAAUACAGUUGCUGUAGGUCGAUGUUUAUGCCAGAGAACAAGUGCCUCAGAAAACCCAGCUACUGGUUGCUAAAUGAUCCUAGCUAGCUCAAAAGCUACGUCGCUAGCUAUCUAGCUAGCAUCGGCUAGCGUUCUAACGGUGGCUAACGUUAAAUAGAUAACGUUACGCUUACUGACAGGUUGUAUGUGACCGACAGCUUGGUCGCCUGUUAUUCCGGACACCAACACUGAAAAAGAAGAGAGGGGAUGGUGCAGCCUCAGCCUGAUGGCCCAAUGCAGUGGGACAUGUCAGGAGAAGAGAGUGGCGGGACCCUCAGGGUCCCACCAGAGCUGGCUGCAAAUGAAGUGGUGACCAGGUUGCUGGGUGACAACCAGCAACUUAGAGAGGCCUUGCGGCGGAGCAACCUAGCCUUACGUCAGCGCUGUGAGGAGAUGGAGGGGUGGCAGCAGAAGACAAGAGGGGACCGAGAAUUUCUCAGCUGUCGUUUCCAGGAGGCCAGGGCCCUGGUGGAGAGGUUGGCGCAGGAAAACCACUCCUUACAGGGCUUGGUAAACGGACCAGCCUCCUCCUCAAACCACUGCUGCAACUCCAGCCAGACUGAAGACCUGCAGGGCCGCCCAGCAAAGAACAGACCCCUGGACGGACCACAGACACUAGAUCAGCAGGAGAAGAAGAUAGUCGAAGAGUCGGAUCAACACACACAGACCACGCCACCUCGCAGCCUGGAUGAUGCAAGUGUGCGUAACUCCUUGAGUAGCGCCCUCCCCUCUCCCUCCACCUCACUUUCAGAGGUAUGGGGGGAGACAAUGGGCAGGGAAAAUGGCCAGCCCGUGGAAGGUGCCAACGAGUUCCUCCAGUUGCUGAAGAGCCACAAAGAGAAACUGGAGGAAGGGAUGAGAGAGCUGAGGAUGAAGAAUGAAAAGCUGGAGAGGGAGAGGGAAGAGGGAGAGAAAGACCGAGAGCGAAUGCGGCACUGCAUUGACCAGCUACGAGGAAAACUGGCCCAGGCGCAGGCAAGCAAUGUUACUGAGGAGGUCGUUCAACAUCGCUCUGAGGCACAGCACUCUUCUGACUGGUAUCGUGAGUUGGAGGAGAAGCUUGAUUACUUGCAGAAGAGUUCAGCUCAGCGGGACAGAACUGAAGCUCUGCUCAAACAGAAGGACAAGGACUGUGCACAGCUGGCCAAGGACUGCGAGGCUCUGAAAGCUCAAGCAACUUCCCUUUUAGGAGAACUGAAUGAGAGACAGAGCUGCCUGGAUAAAAGCGAGCAUGAACGCAAAAUGUUGGAAGAAAAGCUGUGCAAUAAGAUGAAGGCCCUGCAGGUGGCAGAGCGGGAGCUGGAGCAGCAGAGGAAGCAGCAUCAUGUGGCCAUGGACAAGCUGCUGCUGCAGACCCAGAGCCUGGAGCAGGCCCUGAAGACAGAGAGACAUGUCGUCACAGAGGAGAAGAAAAAACUGACACAAUUGCAGCAUGCCUACACGUGUCUAUUUAGAGACUAUGAUUCUAAACUGAAGAGCGAGGGAGGAGAUCUGUGCAGCCGACUAGAGGACGCAGAGAGAGCGCUGGCCCUGAAGCAGGAUCUGAUUGAUAAACUGAAGGAGGAGGUGGAGCAACAAAAAGGCUCCCUUGAGACUGUUCCGGUCCUCACUGCACAGGCUGAGAUCUACAAGGCAGAUUUCCUAGCGGAGCGAGAAGCGCGAGAGAAGCUGAACCAGAAGAAGGAGGAGCUGCAGGAUCAGCUGACUCAGGCCCUGACUGAGAUUGACAGGCUCAAACAGGAAGCCACAUCUCGCGCACGUAUGGAGCAAAUGAAGCUGAGACACCUGGAACCCUUUCCAACACGGGCCCCAUACAUUCCCCCUCCACAAGCUUUCAACACGGUGCCCCCCGCCCCCUUGUUCCGCAAUCAGGGUUUGAUACCAGUUGGUGAUCAAGGGGCAGUCGGAGCUGAGGAGCUGCCAGAUUUAUGUUGUCCUAAGUGUCAGUACCAGGCUCCAGAUAUGGACACGCUGCAGAUACAUGUCAUGGACUGUAUACAGUAACAUGGGCAUAGUUCAGCACAUACAUACAGACAUAUAUACAGCAUAUUUACGUUUUUGACGUACCUUGUGUCCACUCCCAGCCUCUGGGCACAGCCUGGAAAAACGUGUGGUUGUUGCACCUUACUCUCUCUGCCAUGUAAACACACAUAAAUACAUACUGUGGAUCGUACCAUUUUAAAAAUGUAAUAUGUUGGAAUCGAGACAAGUGGCAAUCAGAUGACAGUAUGAACAA